AUGCUCUCCGCUGAUGCAACUCUUAACGAUGUUAACGAAUAUCUGACUGAUGACUACAUGCGACACUAUCAGGAAAAGGUAGAGUCGGGUCCUGUGCGAACAGCAAAAGCUGCAUGGCUGAUCUCCCAACAGUUGAUCAAGACUACAUCAGCACCUGCCGAUUCUCAAGCAGCCACGGCUGAUAGCACUGCUGUGCAGCCACAGGCCUCGUCUCAGCUGCAACGUCACCGAGCCCAGCCCACUCCUCCACCGGUAGAGUUUUUAGCUAAUAGUGAUGAUGAACCGGCACCUCAGGAACGUCCGAAAACCCGCCAGUGA